AAAAGCAACACAGCGACCGAGAUCCGUGUGACACUAUAAUAAAGAUGGCAUUUCUUAAAGAGGAGAGAGAAGAAAUGAAGAUUGAAGAAACAUUAAGAAUGAAACAAGAAGAUACUGAGGAACAAACAAUGUUGUUUAUUAAAGAGGAGAGUGAAGAUAUGAAGAUUGAAGAAACAUUCAAUGUGAAACAUGAAGAUACGGAGGAACAAACAGACCUGAUGGCCCUGAAUGGAGAGAGUCAAGAACUGAAUGAAAAGGAAGAGACACAUCAGUAUAAAAAUCAUAAUUUCAUAACUGGAGAAAAAUCUUUUAGUUGCUCACAGACUGAAAAUACUUCCUCACAAAAGUCGAGAGCUAGAAGUAAUUUCACCUGCCAAGAAUGUGGAAAGAGUUUCAAUCAACAUGUAAACCUAAAAGUCCACAUGAGAAUUCACACUGGAGAGAAGCCUUUCUCCUGCCAACAGUGUGGAAAAAGUUUUGCUGAAAAAGGAAACCUUAAUAAGCAUAAGAGAGUUCACACUGUAGAGGAACCAUUCCCCUGCCAACAGUGUGGAAAAAGUUUCACUCAAAAAUACAGACUUAAAGCCCACAUGAGAAUUCACACUGGAGAGAACCUUUUCACCUGCCAAGAGUGUGGAACAUUUUUCAUUAGAAAAGCAAGCCUUAAAAUCCACAUGAGAAUUCACACCGGAGAAAAGCCUUUCACAUGCCCUCACUGUGGAAAGAGUUUUUCACAUAUAGCAACAAUUAAAUCCCACAUGAGAACUCACACUGGAGAGAAGCCUUUCAAUUGUGAUGAGUGUGGAAAAAGUUUCAGACAAAGAGUCGCCCUUAAUUCCCACCGGAGGAUUCAUUCAAGAGGGAAUUGUUUAAUUUGUCAUCAGUGUGGAAUGAGUUUCACAGACACUGAGCACCUUAAGAAUCAUGUAGUAACUCACACUGGAGAGAAACCUUUCAUGUGUCAUCACUGUGGGAAGACUUGCUCAAACAAAUCAAACCUUAAUGUUCACGUGAAAGUUCACACAGGAGAGAAGCCUUUCAUCUGCCCUCAGUGUGGAAAGAGUUUCACAGUUAAACAAAGCCUUAAGACGCACAUAAGAUCUCACACUGGAGAGAAGCCUUUCACAUGUCUUCAGUGUGAGAAGAGUUUCACAUAUCGAGCAGAACUGAAAUGUCAUUUGCAAACUCAUUCUGAAAAGACAAUGCAGAAAAAGGAGCAACUUCAGACAAUUUAAUUGUGAUGGCAAAAUAUUUUUUAUUACACCGAUGACACUCGAAACGUCUGAUGUGAGACUAUUUUUAUAUAUGUGGAAUGAGUUUUAAAAGGCUUGGCAAUUUAAAAUGGUGCCAUAAAAAUAUCCAUCU